AUGGUAUCCAAAUCGCAACAGCUAAUGGCCCAGCACCCGCUGCAGCGCCUUUCCUCGCCAUCCCGCGGCAUCUCAGCCAUCAUUCACAUCUUGGGCAUUAUCUCUUUCACCCUAUCCUAUAAAUACCUUGUCGACUUUCCUACCCUAAUAAGCGAUUCAUACGGCUGGCAUUUCCAAUAUCUCACCAUCUUGGGCCUCACAGUGGCAUGCGCGACCUUCAUAUUCGGCUUCCUAGCAGACCUGACUUUAUCGCCAAAGCUCUUCUUCAUCAAGAAUUCCCUGGCGCUAUGCAGCGCACCUUUAGAGGUUCUCAUCAGUGUGCUGUAUUGGGGAAUAUGUUCUAUUGAUAAAACCCUAGUGGUCCCGCCAGAGAUCCAUAUUGAUCCCUAUGCUGAUGUUGGGUUUCAUGCUAUGCCUGCCAUCCUGCUCACUGUCGAUCUGUUAUUUCUGUCUCCUCCGUGGACUAUACAUGCUAUACCAGCUAUGGGGUUAAGUUCUGCGAUUGCAGUGGGGUAUUGGGCGUGGGUUGAACAUUGCUUUAAGCACAAUGGCUUCUACCCAUAUCCUCUAUUUGCUCAGCUUGAUACCAUACAACGAACUGCACUGUUUACCACUGCAGCCUUGACUAUGACCGCGAGUACGAUGGUACUACGUUGGCUCCACGGACGCGUCAAUGGACUGCAAGGAGCGGAGAAGAGAAGUACGCCGAAUAACAUCAAAGGCGAAUAA